GGAAUCUUGGGGCAAAGCCCUGCAAGAACUGCUAAAGCUUCCCUGGCUAACUCUGCUACUGCUUCGAAAAGGAAUCUACUCAUUUAGGCAAAAUAAAAUGGAUAACAGAAAAAGACUCCCACCCCAGAGGGGUAAGACUGUGGAGAACACUAGCGCAGCCAAGGCAAAGAAACCGGAUGCUCCAGAGCCCAAGAGUGCUACAGAGCCAAAAGACAGCAAGACUGUGGCGGACCCAAAGAAGACUGUAACAGAUCAGAAAGAGAAAAAGACUGUGACCAUCGUCACAGAUCCGAAGGACAGAAAGAGUGUGUCUGAGCCAAAAGAAAAGAAGACUGUGACGAUCUCAGAUCCCAAGGACAAGAAGCCAGAGACGAAAGACAAAAGGAUGGUGACAUUUGUGACAGACGUAAAAGACAAGAGAAUUGUGACAGACACGAGAGAAAACAAGAUUAUGUCAAUAGAGAUGAAAGAAAAGGUGGUUGUGCCCGUAGUGCCAGAAGCCAAAGAAAAGAAAAUUGUGCCACCAGUAGAACCAAAGGAAAAGGUGGCUGUGCCAGCUGCGCCAGUUGCACCGGCUGCGCCAGCUUCUCCAGCUGCUCCAACUGCGCCAGCUGCGCCAGUUGUACCAGUCGUGCCAGUCGUGCCAGCUGUGCUACUUGUCCCAGAAUUUAAAGAGAAGAUCUUCAUGCCAGAGAUGAGACAGAAGAAAGACAUGCCACCUCUGCUUGAGGUAAAGGGAUUCAAGUCUCUGCGAAUACAAGAGAUAAAAGACAAGAAGGCUGAACCCGAGGUAAAAGAGAAGGCACCCGAGACAGAAACAAAAGAGAAGAAAGUUGUGCCAGAAGUCAAAGAGAAAAAGCCUGUGGUAGAGGAAAAAAAAGACGAUGGGACAGGUGAGGUAGCUCGGACUAUAGUUGAAGGUGUUCUGGCUGCCGCUGUUCAAUUUGUGGAAGAAGCCAGAAACCCCAUCAAGAACAUUAAGUGGCUCACUCAUGGAGAAUUCACAGCAGAAAAGGGUCGGAAACAAAUUGAGAAGUUUGUUUCGACGUGGGAGUUUCAAAAUCGCUGGGUGUACUAUGCAGAUUUUAUAGAGAGGAAAGACUUAAUUCACUCCUUCCACUAUAUCUACCGUGUGCGCUGGAGUGCCCCUACUGCCGUGAGACCCCUAGCAAGAGUCAGUGCUAACGCCUAUUUCACCAUCAAGUUCAACAAGAGCAAACCUCCGGAUAUGCCUGUUGAUGUCUCCUAUAUCUUUGAGAAUUCAGAACUACUUCAAAGACCAGGAAAGAUCCGAUUUCGAGAACAAUGGCUGAGAGACAUUACUGAGACCAAACAUAUUUUGUUGGAGUCUAUUCCUUUCAAAGUUGUCUGA